UCUCUUUCUCUCCAGAUGCAGAGGUAUCUGGUGUUCUGUAUGGCCCUGUUGGCCAUACAGAAGGUCUCUGCUGAUGACUGCCCAGGCGGAGAGGUGUGUGAGGAGGGCAACACCUGCUGCAAGGUCCCCUCAGAUGGCUAUGAAUGUUGCCCAAUGUAUCAGGCUGAGUGCUGUGAGGAUCAUAUCCACUGCUGCCAUGAGGGAACACUAUGCGUUGUGAAUGAGUCCAUGUGUGUGAAUGGAACUGUCUCCCUACCAUGGGUGGAGAGAGUCUCUGCUAAACAGUCCAUAUAUCCUAAAUCUUUCAGAAUGAUCAGUGCAUAUGCCGGGAAUGAGGAUGAUAACAUCUGCCCUGACAAGUCCCACUGCCCCGAAGAGUUCUCCUGUCUGAAGGCCACUACAGGCUAUGGUUGCUGUCCUAUUGCUCAUGCAGUGCCUUGCUCGGAUGGGAAACAUUGCUGUCCUGAAGGCCACCAGUGCAGCACAGACUGCAGCUCCUGCAUCAAACAGACAGAGCCUGUUGUUGCAGUGAUGUGCAGUGACAGAGAAUCUGAGUGCCCAGUGGGAACCACAUGCUGUGAGACUCCAGAUGAGAGUUGGGGGUGCUGCCCCAUGUCCAAGGCUGUGUGCUGUGAGGAUAAGAUUCACUGUUGUCCUGAGGGCAGCACCUGUGACAUCAAGCAAUCCAAGUGUAUAUCCACUACCAACAAGGAAAUGCCCAUGUGGGCUAAGUUCCCUGCCCGCAAGAGGGCAGAGUGGGAAAACCAGAAUGAAGUUGCCCAAGUGACGACACCUAUUCCAGUCACUACCACCUCAGCCAAUAGGAGUCCUGCUUCUCUUUGGGAGGGUACUUCUCCACCCUUCAUUAGGACAGGAGACGUUCCCUGUGAUGAGUCAACGGCCUGUUUGGAUGGAACCACAUGUUGUAAAACACAGGAAGGAGGAUGGGCAUGCUGUCCUCUGCCACAGGCAGUUUGCUGCAGUGACUUCGUCCACUGCUGCCCACAUGGUAAGAAGUGCAACCAGACUGCCCAGACGUGUGAUGACCCCUCAGGCUCCCCCUAUGAGCCCUGGCUGAAGAAGGUUCCUGCUGUGCCUCGGGAGGGUAAAUUGCCAGGAGAUGUUACCUGUGACCCCACCCACGUGUGUCCCGACAACACCACCUGCUGCAAGACAGCGUCAGGAGGCUGGGCCUGCUGCCCCUUGCCUGAGGCUGUUUGCUGUGAGGACCAUGAGCACUGCUGUCCCCAUGGCACCACCUGUGACCUGGCUGGCCUCACCUGUGAUGGUCCCUCAGGGUCGGAGCCCAUGGUGGGGAAGGUGCCAGCUCUCACAACUCUGGCAUCUGAUCAUGAAGAGGCAGCCACAGACCAGCAAGGGGUGCAGGUGGAUGACAUGGAGCUGCCUACAGAGGAUGACAAAGACGUUCCCUGUGAUGAGUCAACGGCCUGUUUGGAUGGAACCACAUGUUGUAAAACACAGGAAGGAGGAUGGGCAUGCUGUCCUCUGCCACAGGCUGUUUGCUGUGAGGACCAUGAGCACUGUUGCCCCUAUGGCAGCACCUGUGACCUGGCUACCCUCACCUGUGAUGGUCCCUCAGGGCCAGAGCCGAUGGUGGUGAAGGUGCCCACCCUCACAACCCAGGCACCUGAUCAUGAGGAGCCACCCGUAGACCACCAGGGGGUGCAGAUGGACGACAUGGAGCUGCCUACAGAGGAUGAUGACAGUGACGAAGACGAGGAGUUGCACAGGACACAGUGUGACGCCCACACCAGCUGCCCAAAGGCCGCCACCUGCUGCUUUAUGAAGUCCACCCAGAAAUGGGGCUGCUGCCCACUGCCACAGGCAGUGUGCUGUGCUGAUGGAGAGCACUGCUGUCCCAAAGACUACAUAUGUGAUAUGAGCAAGACUUCCUGCUCUAAGGGUGGCGUGGUGAUCCCAUGGUACAACAAGCUGGCAGCUGAGCCAGAUGACAGUGCCCUCACUGCCCCCCUCUCUGUGAAGUGUGACACCCAGAACAGAUGCCCUGAAGGCUCUAGCUGCUGCCAACUUUCCACAGGACAGUGGGGCUGCUGCCCCCUGCGCAAGGCUGUGUGCUGUGCAGAUGAGGAGCACUGCUGUCCACAGGGCUACAGCUGUAACAUGGGUUCAGGGACUUGCCAGAAGCUAAUGUUUCUUCAGUUCCAGAUGGUACCCCUAACUCGGGUGUCUGCGCCUGAGCCCCCGACCCCACAGGAGAAGGAAAUCCACUGUGGGGGGCCGUUUGUCUGCAAUAAUGAGGAGACAUGCUGCAAGGUCUCCGCCACUACAUGGGCCUGCUGUCCCGUUCCAAAUGCGGUGUGCUGCAGUGACAUGAAGCACUGCUGCACUACAGGCUACACCUGUGGUGAGGGAGGGUCCUGCACCCAGUCCACUGGCUUCAAAUGGGACCACUGGCAGGUGUUCUUCUCCAACAAGAAGAGAGCCCUGCGUGUGUGACAACAUUGGGCUCGACCCAUCACUCCAACCGUUGCUAGGCCCACACUCCACCACCAGACGCAUUGCACUAAUGAAGGGACGCAGGAGCUUAAUAUCACUGUUACAGUAUAUCAAAUUGUGUUUUUUACAGAGGAAAAAUGGUGUGUGUGUGUAUAUAUAGGAAAGGGAAGUGAAAAUAAGUAACAUUUUGCGCCAUUGGUAGGUGCUUGGAAUGUUACUACAUUUAUUUCAAGAGAUACCCAUGCUUGCUCAUGAACAGAAACUAUCAAGGAUUUGCUGUCCACAGGGCUACUCCAAAAAUUAGAUACCAAUGUUGAACAAUCUUUUAGGGUUGUGACUCAGGGAAGGAUUGGAAUGUGAUAAAACUAGUUGUAAGAUACUAUCAAGAUUGACACAGAGGAGCAUAUACAUGACAAGAACUUAGUACUGUUUUACAAUGUUUGUUACCUUUUAAACAGGAAAAGUGUUGUGUUUUUUAGUUGAUCAUGUGAAGUGCAUUGUGCCUCAUAGUUUCAAGUAUACUUUUGAAAUGCCUUUUACAUUAGUCUGCCAUAUGUAGGCCGUCAUUGUAAAUAAGAAUUUGUUCUUAACUGAUUUGUCUAGUUAAAUAAAGGUUAAAUAAAAUAAAUAUGCCACCCUGUGGCUGAACUGA